GGUUUCCUCAAAUAUCAAGAAAGAAAAACAAAAAGUUGGUCUUAAUUACACAAUGGUACAUUCACCUAAUUCGGUAGGCAUUUCUAACCAAAAAGAAAACGGAUGGGGCAUGAGUUUUAUGUUGAUCUACUAAAAUAAGAAGUUCAGAACUGCAAGUCGCCACCCAUUGCAGGACAAGUCUAAAACAGUCCAAAUGGUGGGAACGAUUACCUCACAGUGUUCGUUGAUUCCAACUAAACCCAAAACCUUUCUUCGGGGAAGAAACCCAACUCGAUUUUUCAGCCAAAUCCAUCUCAGAAACGUUAACCUUCCGCCCUUAUCCACAUUCCACACAAAUCUUCGGACUCAUUUCAUUCUGAAGGCUGCUUCUUCAGUUGACAGUGCAGAAUAUGUUGUGGAGCCUGCAACAAAUGUCAAAUUUCAGACAACAGUGAGCCUGCCAGGCUGCUCAAAUUCGUUGGCAUUGCUCGGCACUGGAUAUAGGGAGAAGGUUUUUGCAAUCAUUGGUGUCAAGGUCUAUGCUGCAGGGUUUUAUGCAAAUAAAUCUGCCAUAGAAAAAUUAAAUGCUUGGAAAGGAAGAUCAGCUACUGACAUUCAAUUGGAUUCAUCAUUGUUUGCAACAAUUUUUCAGGCACCUGUGGAGAAAUCAUUACAGAUUGUUAUGGUAAGAGAUGUUGAUGGCAAGACCUUCUGGGAUGCAUUGGAUGAUGCUGUCUCCCCACGAAUCAAAGCACCUAGUCCUGUUGAUGAAUCUACACUUUCAAUUUUCCGUAGAAUCUUUCAAGGGCGCUCUCUUAGGAAAGGAACUUUCAUAUUCUUGACCUGGGUUGAUCCAUCAAAGAUGCUAGUUUGCAUCUCCUCUAAUGGGUUGCCUUCUACUGUGGAUGCUACAAUUGAAUCGGUGAACAUAAAUAAGGCCCUCUUCGAUGUGUUCUUUGGAGAUGCUCCAGUGUCACCUUCCUUGAAAGCCUCAGUUGCUGAGGGGUUGUCAGUGGUCCUCAAGUAGAAGCCAUGCACUACCAAUUGGUUUUAUUAGUUUUAUCUUCAAGAGUAGUUAUAUUGUUGUUUCUCUGUUUGUUACGAAGCAUUCAGUUUCUGUAAUGCUGUAAGAUCUUCCUCCUAGUUUACAUUGCCUGCUUUAAAUGGAAAGGCCAGAGCAAUGGAUAGGCUGCA